AAGAAUUAAAAAUAAAAAUAUUCGAAUUCUAAAGUCGAAACCUUGUGAGUGGAAAAGACGCCAGAAGAGAAAGAGCAAGUCGAAAAGUUUCUAUCGCUCUCUCUCUCACACGAGCCAUGAGCCUCUUCGGCAUAGGAAGAAACCAGAGAACUUUCCGCCCGAAAAAAAGUACUCCUUCUGGAAGCAAGGGAGCUCAACUUAGAAAACAUAUUGAUGCCACAUUGGGUAGUGGAAAUCUGAGGGAAGCAGUGAAGCUACCUCCUGGGGAGGAUUUAAAUGAGUGGCUAGCUGUCAACACUGUUGAUUUCUUCAACCAGGUGAAUCUGCUUUAUGGCACCCUUACAGAGUUCUGUACUCCUGAGAAUUGUCGGACAAUGUCUGCAGGACCCAAGUAUGAAUAUAGAUGGGCAGAUGGUGUACAAAUUAAGAAACCUAUUGAGGUUUCUGCUCCAAAAUAUGUAGAAUAUCUAAUGGACUGGAUUGAAUCACAGCUUGAUGAUGAAUCCAUAUUCCCACAGAAGCUUGGUUCACCAUUUCCUCCCAACUUCAAGGAGGUUGUGAAGACAAUAUUCAAGCGGUUGUUCCGUGUAUAUGCUCACAUAUACCAUUCUCACUUUCAGAAAAUUGUGAGCCUCAAAGAAGAGGCCCACUUAAACACUUGCUUCAAGCAUUUUAUACUCUUUACCUGUGAGUUCGGGCUGAUUGACAAAAAGGAGCUGGCACCCCUUCAAGAGAUUAUAGAAACCAUUAUCAUCCCGUAUUAGACAUAUGAACUGGGACCCACCCUCUGUGAAAAUCUUAUCCUAGGAAGCAUAAUUAUUGUUUUACUAUAAAUAGAAACUGCUUUUUAGUACUUGACUUCAGAAAGUCUCGUUGUAUUUGUUGUGUUAGAUGUGCUUGGGAAUGGGAUCUAAGUUAUCCUACUACGUAGUUUAUACAUGGCAUCAUAUACCAUGCAUGGUAUAUGCGAUCAUAUGUGCAAUGAGGCAUCAUAAUUAAAAAGUUAAUUGUAAUGGUUCAUAUAUGCCAAAUGAAGACCGUACUCUUGUUUUAUCACGAAGUUGUAAGGUUGUUGCUGGAAUAUUGUUCAUUAUUAAUAAUUAACAUAUGAACUAUGCUGAUUUCUGUGCU